AUGCUGGAAGAAGUGAGAAUUGAGAGUUACAGCAAGGAAAGAAAAGUUGUGGAAAAAGAUAGCUUCAAAGGCGCCAAUGCCUCAGCUUUGGAGAAAGAGAUUGGUCCGGAACAAUUUCCAGUCAAUGAGCACUAUUUUGGCUUGGUUAAUUUUGGGAAUACAUGCUACUGCAAUUCAGUUCUUCAGGCACUUUAUUUUUGUCGACCAUUUCGAGACAAAGUCUUAGCAUACAAGAGUCAACCAAGAAAAAAAGAGAAUCUCCUUACAUGCUUAGCUGAUCUCUUCCACAGUAUAGCCACCCAGAAGAAAAAAGUUGGAGUAAUACCUCCCAAGAAAUUUAUAACAAGAUUACGAAAAGAAAAUGAGCUUUUUGAUAACUACAUGCAGCAGGAUGCACAUGAGUUCUUAAACUAUCUAUUAAAUACAAUUGCGGAUAUCUUGCAAGAGGAAAGAAAACAAGAGAAACAAAAUGGUCGCUUACCUAAUGGCAACAUUGACAAUGAAAAUAACAGCCCACCAGACCCAACCUGGGUUCAUGAAAUCUUUCAGGGAACAUUAACUAAUGAAACCAGAUGUCUUACGUGUGAAACUAUAAGCAGCAAAGAUGAAGACUUCUUAGACCUUUCAGUUGAUGUGGAGCAGAAUACUUCAAUCACUCAUUGUUUAAGGGGUUUCAGCAAUACAGAAACUCUGUGCAGUGAAUACAAAUAUUACUGUGAAGAAUGUCGCAGUAAGCAAGAAGCACAUAAAAGGAUGAAAGUGAAAAAGCUACCUAUGAUUCUAGCUCUCCAUUUAAAGAGAUUUAAAUACAUGGAUCAACUGCAUCGAUACACAAAACUCUCUUAUAGAGUAGUUUUUCCUUUAGAGCUUCGUUUGUUUAACACCUCAGGAGAUGCCACCAAUCCUGACAGAAUGUAUGACCUUGUUGCUGUGGUAGUUCAUUGUGGAAGUGGCCCUAACAGAGGACACUAUAUUGCAAUAGUGAAGAGUCAUGAUUUUUGGUUGCUUUUUGAUGAUGAUAUUGUUGAGAAAAUUGAUGCACAAGCUAUUGAAGAAUUCUACGGGUUGACAUCAGACAUCUCAAAGAACUCUGAGUCUGGUUACAUCCUCUUCUAUCAGUCUCGGGAUUGAGGGGGAACUGUAGUGAAGAGAGAUUUUUAUGCCUCACAUCUUCUGUAUCUUGGAAUGGAGCAAGCACUGAAAAAAAAGGAAAACAGGGAGCUCCAGGGGCUGUAGCACAGUUUGCACACAACUAAGCAAAGAGUUUGGGAUUCUUAAAACCUUUGUAUCGUGUUCAUUUUAUUUGCUCAGGUAUCAUGCUGACUACACAUCUCCACUGCAUCCCAUAAGCAAAAAGAGAGAUACCAGCCACUCUUGCAGGAGCUUUCCGUUAGGUAAUACUAUCUCUGUGGUCCUAAUUCAAAGCCCGUUAAGGUCACUGGAGAGCCUUUCAUGGACUUCAGUGGAAUUUGAAUUGGGUUCUAACUGCACUGCCAGAUUGGUGCAAUAGGAGCAUUAGAAAUCUGUCUUUUAUACAGACUUUGUGUAUAAAAGGUAAAGGACUCUUUGUGAACUUAGUUUCCUGUGCUUAAAUUUAAAAGAAUGAGGUUGGGAGGGUUAACGUAUAAGGAAGAAGAUACAUCUGGACCCAACUCAAUUGCCUUCUUGAUGGUAGUAGUUUAACUGAA